AUGGUGAACCUCACCCUCCGUGUCCUCUCCCGCCCGGAGGUCAACCGCCUGCCGGACAUCUUCAAAACUCUAGGUCUCGAGUAUGACGAGAAGGUCCUCCCUUCCAUUGGCAAUGAGGUUCUCAAGUCUGUGGUGGCCCAGUUCAAUGCCGACGAGCUGCUUACUGAUCGGCCCCAUGUUUCGGCCCUUGUGCGUGACAGCCUAAUCCGCAGGGCCAAGGACUUCAAUAUCGUACUCGAUGAUGUGGCCAUCACACAUUUGUCUUAUGGAGCCGAGUUCUCUAAGGCUGUCGAGCAGAAGCAGGUGGCCCAGCAGGAGGCUGAGAGGUCCAAAUUCGUAGUUGCAAAGGCUGAGCAAGAGAGGCGGGCAGCGAUUAUCAGGGCCGAGGGUGAGAGUGAGUCUGCUAAGCUUAUUUCGGAUGCUACUCAGGCUGCGGGCAUGGGUCUGAUUGAGUUGAGGAAGAUUGAGGCCGCCAAGGAUAAUGCAUCCACUAUGUCUAGGAACGGGAACGUGAUGUAUCUGCCUGGAAACAACAACAUGCUUCUUGGGCUCAAUCCCGGUCGAUUUUGA